CUCAUUAUAUUGUUGGGGAAAUAUGAUGUGUGUUUAAAGGAGCACCUCAGCAGUGUAAUUGAGAAAAGCAAGCAGAUCCAUGCUUCAGGCACACAAGGCAGAGGCUCUCUCAUUACCCUCCUGUCCAAAACAACUGUGGAUGCAGUAAUCGAUGCUAUCAAGCAUUUAAUUCAAGAGAGCAUCUCAGCAGACAUCAAAAAAGCCGGAAUGUAUUCUGUGCAGCUCGACACAACACAAGAUGUUACAGGGAGAGAGCAGUGUUCUGUGAUUUUGAGGUUUGUGACGGAUGCAGUCCAUGAAAGGCUGGUUGCAGUCGUACAAUGCAGCACAACUACAGGACAGUCGUUCGUGACGCUGUUAACAGAAGUCCUUGAGAGUCUGCAAUUGGACAUAGGCCUGUGCAUUGGAAACGCCACAGAUGGAGCCUCUAAUAUGCAGGGUCAAUACAGAGGUUUCUCUGCAUUAAUGGCAUCCAAAAACCCCACCCAUCAGCAUGUGUGGUGCUAUGCACAUGUCUUGAACCUUGUAUUGUCCGAUACCACCCAUAGCGUCAUUGAAAGUGGAUCACUAUUUGACCUGCUGAACGACAUUGCCGUAUUCAUCAGGGACUCAUACACAAGAGUGAGUGUGUGGGAGACCGAGAGCCAGGACAAGAGGCACAAACGCAUCUCAACAAUUGGAGAGACGAGAUGGUGGGCUAAACAUCAUGCCCUGAGGAAAGUUUUUGGAAACUUUGGCAGACCUGAUGGCGGCCUUUUUGUUGAAGUGGUGUCCACACUUUCUGCCAUAAUGAAGCUGAAGUCACUUGCAUCAAAUGCAAGAAACAAAGCCAGAGGAUACAGAGACGGCUUACUUCGAUACGAAACUGUGCUCACAGCUCAGUUAUUCCUCCGGGUAUUUGAGUUCACCUCACCACUGUCAAAAUACCUACAGACCGGAGGAAUGGACAUCCUCUCUGCACAUAGGAUGGUCACCACAACACACGAUUCACUUACAAAGAUAGCAAGAGAUUUCCCGGCCGUCAAAGAUGCAGCUGACUGUUUUGUCCAUUGGGCAAAUGAAAAGCUAGAGGAGCAGGAUGAUCUAGAUUUGGAAGUGGAGGCAGCACUACCUCAGAAAAGGCUAAAGAAGAAGAAAGUCUUGCCAGGAGAGAUGGCCCAGGAUGAAAGCCUCAGUGAUUCAGAGAAGGCCUAUGAGGUCAAUGUUCACCACCAGAUCCUGGAUACAGCUGUUGAGGCCAUGCACCACAGAUUCCUCACUCAUGGCACUCUGUAUGCAGAUUUAUCCCUCCUACAUCCCAAAAACUUCCCCCUCAUCCAGACCAGUGGCGGUGCACUCCCUGUAUCUGCACUUCAAGAACUCAGCAAGUGUCUAGUUGUGUAUGACAGCAGGGCAACUGUUACAGAUCUACAGAUUGAACUCAGAAACUUGGCACAGCAAUGGGACAGGCUGGUACAAUCACAAUUGGAUAACUACGCAACUAAUUUCAUUGCCUUGCUACAUAUUUGUUCUUGUGGACUAUUGGAGGGCCAUUCAACAUUUUCUCAACCAGCUGCCCUGUCCCCCAGGGGUGUUCCAGGGAUGUGCAUUUCAUUGGUGUGGACUUCACAGGCAUUCUUCAAAUUUGUAAUUUUUGGAGUGAAGGAUUGCCUUCCCCUGAUGUGGAGUUCACGUGUGUUCUUUUUGUUUCAUUAGCACCAAGGUCCAUGCAGCCUUUUGUCUCAGCAUAUGGUGCCACUUUGACUUACUGUGUUAUAAUUUGGUGUGUUCUAGUUAGUGUAAAUAAGAUAAUACAUAUAUUGUGUAUACUUCCUGUUGUUGUUGUUCUCUGUUCUUGCAUUUUUUGCUGACUGUGAGACGGUUCAAACUGUACAUAUUAUAAGCAUUAGUCAUUUCAGAGGAGAUUUGACCUAGCUGCAAAACCUCCAUUGUGCCCAAAUACAAAUGCAGAACCCUCUCUUCUUCAAAGUCCUGUAAUCUGCCUUGUUUUUUUGAGUGUAAACAUUUUGUAAGCGUCUAAUCACGAGGAUCUAAUAGUUUUUUUAAUCUCCACUCCUGUUUUUACAUGUGGCCAUUGAAAGAACAAAAGGUUAUUUUGGGCUAUUAUAUAAAAGAUUAAAAUUAUGAUCGUACCUAAUUGUUUAAUUUCUAUUUUUAUAAACAAUGUACACGUUUGUAUAAACAGUAUUUUCAUUAAACACUGAAAAGACAUCUCUAGCAAUGUUUCUUUGACAACCACUUUCACUUCAAGAUGGGUAUUGUGGCAUUGUAGCCAUCUCUCCAAAGAUGAAAGUCUCUGUAAGUAUAGUGAAAGAGUGUAUGCAUUUUUCAACAUGGUUACUCUCAUCCAUGUAGGCUACUGCGCUUUAUUUUAAUUGUUGAAACAGCACAAUAUGCGCAUAUAUCCUCUGGUAUGUUGUGUGCCUCCGCAUAUCGUAUAAAUAAUCUUGGUGGGCUGCCAUGGCCAAAAAUGCCAGGGCUGAUUUCUUGUCCCAGUCC